AACUCCUGUGGAGCCCCUAAACAUGAAUGUUAAAUUGUGAACUCUUGAUAGACGGACCGUCUUUGAUAAUGACUAUAACGUGUAAAUGCUGAGUUAUUAAGGUUACACAUGGAAGAUCGGGACGCUUGGCGUUGGCAGUAAUUCGGACAUAUUGUUGGGAAACAGCUUGAACCAAAAAAAAUUUAUUUUAUUUACCGUUAUCGUCUAUUAAAAUGGAGGGUUUUGAAGGAGCCAGCAGCAGCGAGAGUGUUUUAGAUCUGUCCCGUUUGAAUCUGAACAAUAAUAGUUUGGACACGGUCAGCGAAAAACGACGGAAAGACACGAAGCAACUGUACCUGUGUUACAACCGGAUGACUUUUUUACCCGAGUCCAUCUCUUUAUUCUCGAACCUGGAGUUUCUCGACAUCAGUAACAACACGCUGUCGGUCAUCUGCGAGGACAUCACCCGACUGACCAAACUCAAAACCCUCAUAGCCAAGAACAAUCGUUUGAAUGAGUUCUCUCUGCCCAAGCACUUUGGCUCUCUGCAGCUGGAAGUGUUGAAUCUGAGUGGGAACCGGUUUGAGGAGAUGCCGAGCCAGUGUCUGCAGCUGCUGCGGCUCCAGUCUCUGUCUCUGGGAGGAAACAGACUGAAGAGCAUCCCAGCUGAAAUCGAGAGUCUCGCCAGCUUAGAGCUGCUGUAUCUGGGCGGUAACCAGAUCUCCUCCAUCCCUGCCGAACUAGCUAACUUACCCUGCCUCAGUUACCUAGUUCUGUGUGAUAACCGCAUCCAGAGCGUCCCACCUCAACUCAACCGGCUCCAUUCCCUGCGCUCUCUUAGUCUGCAUAAUAACCUGCUGACGUAUCUUCCGAGAGAGAUCCUGAGCCUGGUGCACCUUCAGGAGCUCAGUCUCAGAGGCAAUCCUUUGGUGGUACGCUUCAUCAAGGACAUGACCUACGACCCCCCGUCACUGCUGGAGAUGGCUGGCCGAACCGUCAAAAGCAAGAACCUCCCAUACUCCCAUAAAGACCUCCCGAGCCAUCUCGUCAACUACCUAGACAUGGCCAGCAAGUGCCCCAACCCCAAAUGUGCAGGUGUUUACUUUGACUCAUGCGUGCGUCACAUCAAGUUUGUGGAUUUCUGCGGGAAGUAUCGCCUGCCCUUGAUGCACUACCUGUGCUCCCCAGAAUGCACCUCUCCCUGCAGCUCCAACCCUCAGAGCGACGCUGACUCAGACGAAGACAACAGCGUGCCUGCCGAUCGCCUUCAAAGAGUGCUGCUGGGAUAACCUCGCUCACCCCGCACACGUCGUCUCCUCUCUCUCACUUACAGUGUUAUCUGCAGGAACUUUGAACUUUACAGCCAGCUGGCUUGAAAACCUCUCAGCUGAAGCCAAAUCUUAUUGCCAAGUGAUUGAGCAAGUGGCAUUCUGGGAAAGACAUCUGCAGAUAGUUUCUCUGACAAAGGCAAAAUCAAAAACACUGGUGGUUCAGAGUAGUUGUUAGUUAUAUUAACUAUGUGGCCUUGGUCAUCAAUCUGUUUAGCUCUUGCACUUUUGUAAUAUGUUAGAAGACGCAGUUUAGGUACAUGCAUAUCUUUUGCUUAGUAGUAGGUUGUUUUGUCUCUCACAGCAGAGCACUAACAUAAUUUUUUCACAUUACGCACAAAGAUUUACUGUGAAAUAAACAGAGAGAACACUUGCUUUUUGGGUUUGGGAGAGAUUUAAGAAAAAAGUUUUCGUCAUGUUUGUAACUGCUAGCCUGCAGCACUGUAAAACAGUGCUACAUCUUCAAAAACGUGCUUGUGUCUGCAAAAUAUCUUGAUUAAGCCUUUGGGUUAGUACUGAAUUUACAUACACUUUGUGGUUGCAUUCAAAAACCGGGGGAAGCAUCUAAAAUCUUGAGAUAAACAGUGACAAAGG